CAUUUGAAGAAUAACAUGUGUUUUCUGCAUCUGUUCUCAGGCCAGGAGGACCCGAACAGCCUGCGGCACAAAUACAACUUUAUUGCAGAUGUGGUAGAGAAGAUCGCCCCUGCUGUGGUUCAUAUUGAAUUGUUUCGCAAGCUCCCUUUUACAAAAAGGGAGGUUCCUGUAGCUAGUGGUUCAGGCUUUAUUGUCUCAGAAGAUGGACUAAUAGUAACAAAUGCCCAUGUGGUUACCAAUAAACAUAGGGUAAAAGUGGAGCUGAAGAAUGGUGCAACAUAUGAAGCCAAAAUUAAAGAUGUUGAUGAAAAAGCAGAUAUCGCACUAAUUAAAAUAGACUUUCAGGGUAAACUGCCAGUCCUGCUACUUGGUCGAUCUGCGGACUUGAGGCCUGGAGAAUUUGUGGUUGCAAUUGGAAGUCCAUUUUCACUCCAAAAUACAGUGACUACUGGGAUUGUUAGUACUACCCAGCGUGGAGGAAAGGAAUUGGGGCUUCGGAACUCUGAUAUGGAUUACAUUCAGACAGAUGCAAUUAUCAACUAUGGGAACUCUGGAGGACCUUUAGUAAAUCUGGAUGGUGAAGUGAUUGGAAUUAAUACUUUAAAAGUUACAGCUGGCAUCUCAUUUGCAAUUCCUUCUGAUAAAAUUAAAAAGUUCUUAACUGAAUCUCAUGACAGACAAGCUAAAGGAAAAGCAGUAACUAAAAAGAAAUAUAUUGGCAUUCGAAUGAUGUCACUCACUCCUAGCAAAGCUAAAGAGCUGAAGGAACACCAUAAAGACUUUCCAGAUGUUGUUUCUGGGGCCUACAUUAUUGAAGUAAUUUCAGAUACGCCAGCGGAAGUUGGUGGCCUGAAAGAAAAUGACGUGAUUAUAAGCAUCAAUGGACAGGGAAUAAUCUCAGCCAGUGAUGUGAGUGACAUUAUUAAAAAGGACAGUACACUGAACAUGGUUGUACGCAGGGGCAAUGAAGAUAUUAUGAUAACAGUGGUUCCUGAAGAAAUUGACCCUUAAUCAGAAACAUGAGCUGGAUUUCAUGGUUUCUUUUAGCAACAGUGGACUGCUUACAUAAUGUCUGUGCUGGUACAGGAAACAUUAGACUUUUGACCAACGUUCUGCUUGCUCAAAGGGAUAGUAUUGGCCAACAACACCAAUGUAAUGUCACAGAUACUCCAGAUGAUGAUUUUUUUCCCUUCUGUAUUUUAUGUAUGCAAUGUAUUCUUUACUGGCUAACACAACUGUUACUGCUUAACCAGUCAACAUUUUUUCUCUGUCAUUCUUUCAAUUGAGACUUAAAACUCAUGCACACAAUGUGUGUUGUGGUGAUCAGGUAUAAGUAGGAUAGUUGUUCCUUUAACUGGAAAAUACCAUUGUAAUGGGAUUGUGGGAUAAAAACAUGUUUGGAAAAAUGUUGGCUUGUAAACGCAAAAUCAAAAUAAUCUUUUCAGACCCAUGCAGAGUUUUUACUACUUCAAUCUUUUCCUAGUGUUAUUAAAAUAAUUCUACAGUA